AUGGCCGGGGACAGCGAGCAGAGCCUGCAGGACCAGCAGCCCGGCGGCGGCGAGCCCUUCCUCAUCGGCGUCAGCGGCGGCACGGCCAGCGGCAAGUCCUCCGUGUGCGCGAAGAUCGUGCAGCUGCUGGGGCAGAACGAGGUGGACUACCACCACAGGCAGGUGGUCAUCCUGAGCCAGGACAGCUUCUACCGCGUCCUCACCUCCGAGCAGAAGGCCAAGGCCCUCAAGGGCCAGUUCAACUUCGAUCACCCGGAUGCCUUUGACAAUGAACUCAUCUUCAAGACUCUCAAGGAGAUCACCGAGGGGAAAACCGUGCAGAUUCCCGUGUACGACUUUGUCUCCCAUUCCCGGAAGGAGGAGACGGUGACCGUCUACCCCGCUGACGUGGUGCUCUUCGAAGGCAUCCUGGCCUUCUACUCCCAGGAGGUGCGCGACCUGUUCCAGAUGAAGCUGUUCGUGGACACGGACGCGGACACCCGGCUCUCCCGCAGAGUGCUGAGAGACAUCAGCGAGAGGGGCCGGGACCUGGAGCAGAUCCUGUCCCAGUACAUCACCUUCGUCAAGCCCGCCUUCGAGGAGUUCUGCUUGCCGACUAAGAAGUACGCGGACGUGAUCAUUCCCAGAGGUGUAGACAAUCUCGUGGCCAUCAACCUCAUCGUGCAGCACAUCCAGGACAUUCUCAACGGAGGGCUGUCCAAGCGGCAGACCAACGGCUAUCUCAACGGCUACACGCCCGCACGCAAGAGGCAGGCCUCCGAGUCCAGCAGCCGGCCGCACUGA